AUGCCUCCUGAGCGGGGUGGCGAUGAUGAUUGUUCUAGCAGUGCCAGAUACAGCCAUGCCUUUCAAGCCAUGGGAGUUCCUCCAUUGUCUGAGGGAGGAUCUGGUUAUGUUCAAGAAAAACCAGGUGAAGUGGCCAUAAGCACGGUGGCUGAAAAUAUAGCUUUUUCUUUUUCGAUUUUUCAAUCGGGCGAUUCGAAGAAGAAAAACGGAUCUAAAGGUGUUCGAAGUAUGCCCGUGGCAGCUUCAGCUAUAUACUUUUUAAAUCUUCGGGGCGAUGUCCUCAUCAACCGCCUCUACCGCGACGAUGUCGGGGGCAAUAUGGUUGAUGCCUUCCGGAUGCAUAUUAUGCAAACUAAAGAACUUGGUAUAUGCCCAGUGCGUCAGAUUGGAGGAUGCUCUUUCUUCUACAUGAGAAUCAGCAAUGUGUACAUUGUGAUUGUUGUAAGCAGUAAUGCGAAUGUCGCAUGUGCUUUUAAAUUUGUAGUUGAGGCAGUUAAUUUAUUCAAGUCAUAUUUUGGUGGCGCUUUUGAUGAGGAUGCUAUUCGGAAUAAUUUUGUCUUGAUAUACGAGCUUUUGGAUGAAAUAAUGGAUUUUGGCUAUCCCCAAAAUCUGUCGCCAGAAAUUUUGAAGCUUUAUAUCACUCAAGAAGGCGUUCGCUCUCCAUUUUCGUCUAAGGCUGCAGAGAAACCAGUCCCCAAUGCAACUUUACAAGUUACCGGUGCUGUUGGCUGGCGUAGGGAGGGGCUCGUAUAUAAGAAGAAUGAGGUGUUCUUGGAUAUUGUGGAAAGUGUCAACCUUCUCAUGUCUUCCAAAGGUAGUGUUUUGCGCUGUGAUGUCACUGGAAAAAUUCUGAUGAAGUGCUUCCUUUCCGGAAUGCCGGAUUUAAAAUUGGGCUUAAAUGAUAAGAUUGGCCUCGAGAAAGAAUCACAGCUGAAGUCUCGCCCUACUAAGAGUGGGAAAACUAUUGAGCUUGAUGAUGUUACUUUUCAUCAAUGCGUAAACUUGACAAGAUUUAACUCGGAAAAGACCGUCAGCUUUGUUCCUCCGGAUGGUGAAUUUGAACUAAUGAAGUACCGCAUCACUGAGGGUGUGAACCUUCCUUUCCGAGUAUUGCCAACUAUCAAGGAACUUGGCCGCACACGGAUGGAAGUGAAUGUUAAGGUUAAGAGUGUUUUUGGUGCAAAAAUGUUUGCACUUGGAGUUGUGGUUAAAAUUCCAGUACCUAAACAAACUGCAAAGACAAGUUUCCAAGUUACAUCAGGUCGAGCAAAGUACAAUGCAUCUAUUGACUGUUUGGUCUGGAAGAUAAGAAAAUUUCCCGGUCAAACUGAGCCAACCUUGAGUGCUGAAGUGGAGUUGAUUUCCACUAUGGCAGAAAAAAAGUCAUGGACUAGGCCUCCUAUUCAGAUGGAAUUUCAGGUUCCUAUGUUUACGGCAUCAGGUUUACGUGUCCGCUUUUUGAAGGUAUGGGAGAAGAGUGGGUAUAAUACUGUUGAGUGGGUUCGUUACAUUACAAAGGCAGGUUCUUACGAAAUUAGGCAGAUGGAUUCGUAUUUAUCCAUAUGGGAAGGAGAAGGAGACCGGUGGUGGGCCCAAUUGAAUGCGGGCAGUGGGGACGAGAGGAGGAGAUUUAGAUUUGAAUUUUCUUUUGAAAGCAGCGGGAGAGGAGUAGGGGUGGAGGAAUCGAGUCCGACAAUGAGCUUCGAGGAGUUGAUAACGUCAUUUACCAGCGGAGGUUUCAACGAGGUGAGAUCUGAGGAAGGUGGAGAGGAGAGGGUGAACCGGGGAGGUGGAGUGGGAGCAACGGUGGUGGCGGCCAAAGGAGGAGGUGGAGGAGAUGAGGGCGGCGACGGUGGAAGCAGGGAAAACUCCAGGAAUGUGCCAUCGUUCAAGGAGCGCCUACUUGGAAGUAGGAAGAGAAGAGCAACAACAAAAAUACAUGUGGAACCUGGGGAUGUCAUCAUGGAAAAAAUACCUAUGGGAGGCAGACUUAGAUUCUCUGAGAGGUUGAAGAAUAUCUUCAAAGAGGAUUGGGAGCAUAUGGUGGUAGUAUCCUUAAUUGGGGACACACUGACUUACAGAGGAUUAGGAAGUGCAGUAAAGAAGAUGUGGUGUCCUAAUGGAGAUUUCGAACUAAUAGACUUUACAAAUGGUUUCUGGGGGGUAUUGCUACCUAAUGAAGGGCCAUGGUUCAUUGGGACACAAUGCUCAUCGGUGCAAAAGUGGAAGCUGGGGUUCAGGGGGUCAACUGCCAAAGUGUCCAAAAUAGCCACUUGGAUUCGACUCCCUGAUCUUCUGGUAGAAUACUACCAUGAAACCGCAUUGACCUACAUAGGUAAUUUUGUUGGACGAACAUUGAAAAUUGAUGAAAACACACUGAAUGCAAAUCGAGGCAGGUUUGCUAGAGUUGCUGUGGAGUUGGAUUUAGAGGAACCAUUAGUACCUAGUUUCCAAAUCGAAGACCGGUGGCAAGCAGUGGAGUACGAAGGACUGUCGGUGAUUUGCUAUAAUUGUGGAAGAAUUGGGCAUGGUAGUGCAGGUUGCAAAGAGGAAACCAGAAAUCCAAGCUUAGCAAAUCCGGUCUCUAGCGAGCUUGAGGGACAGUCGGCCGCCGGAAUUACGAAGGAAGGAAAUGUACAAUCAAUAAUAAUUAAUAAUCAGCAAAGAGAACAUGAAGAGGGUUGAAUAGGAUUGGGGCCGUGGAUGGUUACCCAAAGGAGAGCAGGGAGAUAUGUCAGACAGCCAAAUAUGGUAUGAAAUGCCGUAUGGACCGAAGAAUGGGUUACGAGGGGAAUAGGUUGUCUGUGAGAUAAGUCCUUCUACUUUAUAGUAUGAUGGACGGUCCAUUGCAUUGAAAUAUGGUAUGAA